CAUGAGCACGAAAAAAAAACGAGCAGGCUAUUUCUGGUUAGGCUACGUUUCAAAGAUAAUGAAAGUGAAAGGGUGUUGUCUAACAUAGGCUAGAUAGGUUAACCUACACGACAUAUUGUUCUGCAGUCCCUAUACGUUUUCUUCAAGCAUGGAUAAAUUGAGAAAGAUAAGGAUAGUUCUGACAGAAAUCUUGUCAGCGGAAGCCAGUUACAUCCUUCAGCAUGUAAACCAGGAGGACCUGGUGACUCCACGCGAAUACAGGAGCCUGCACAAUGUCAGUAAAAUACAUCCAGAAGAUUCCAUUGUCAGUCUGCUGGAUUCACUCCUAAUGAAAGGAGGAGAUGAGAGAUGCACUAGAUUCCUGACCCUGUUGCAGGAGCCAGUCAUCAGAUCAACCUACCCCAAACUGGAAGAAAUCAAACACAUCGACAUAGCUCCGGCACCCAGUAGCCCAGCACCCCCAGACGCUGUCCGAACCUCUGCCUCCUCCACAGUCCACACCUGUCGCCCAACCACAUCAGGUUCAAGCAUUUCAACUACUCCUGUGAAAAAUAAUAACCGGAGAAGUACCACUGCGUGUGGAACCAUCACAGACGUUUCUGAAGUGAAGAUGGGGAAGGCGGGGGGGAAAUACUACCAAGCUGUUCUAAACCAAGAGGAUGGGCCCAUGGUCAUUCUCAUUUUGGAUCUAGAGAAACGAAAUAACUUUCUAGGAGCAGAGAAGAGAAGGUCUUCUGUAAAGUUGAAGAGAAUCUCAUUCGAGAAACUUGGAAUAAACAAGUACCAAGAGGGGAUAAAGUUCACAAACAAAUCCAAAUUGACUUACACAAGAGCCAAAAACACUAUAAAGAUGGAACCCACUGCUGAUGAAAAAGAAUAAACACAUUUUUUUUUAAACUAGAAUGACAUUUUAAGGAUGACCUACUGACCAGACCAGAGGCAAUUCAUUAACUACCUAGCCUACAUUAUGUAAAUACAGUGCCUUCAGAAAGUAUUCACAUCGCUUAACUUUUUCCACAUUUAGUUGUAUUACAAGGUGGGAUUAAAAUUGAUUUGUCAUUUUUUGUCAGUGACCUACACACAAUCCUCUGUAGUGUCAAAGUGGAAGAAAAAUUCGAACUUUUGUAAAAAAAAAAAAAACAUGAAAAAUACAACAUUAAUAUAUCUUGAUUGCAUAAGUAUUCAACCCCCUGAAUAAAUUGGGGUUAUGUUAUGUUAAUAAUUUCUGGCAACAAUUACAGCUGUGAGUUUUUGGGUAAAUCUCUUAAGAGCUUUGCACACCUGGAUAAUACAAUAUUUGCACGUUAUUCUUAUUUUAAUUCUUUAAGCUCUGUCAAGUUGUUUGUUGAUCGUUGCUAGACAGCCAUUUUCAUGUCUGCCAUAGGUUUUAAGCCAAUUUAAGUCAAAACUAUAACUAGCCAACUCAGGAACAUUCAAGGUCGUCUUGGUAAGCUACUCCAGUGUAUAUUUUACAUUGUGUUUUAGGUUAGUGUCCUGCUGAAAGGUGAAUUUGUCUCUGAGUCUUAUGGAAAGCAGAUCGAACAAGCUUUUCCUCUAGGAUUUUGCCUGUGCUUAGCUCUAUUCCGUUUCUUUUUAUCCAAAAAAACCCUCCUUAGUCCUUGCCCAAUGACAAGCAUACCCACAACAUGAUGCAGCCACCACCAUGCUUGAAAAUAUUAAGACUGGUACUCAAUGAUGUGUUGUGUUAGAUUUGCUGCGAACAUAACACUUUAUAUUUAGGACAUAAAGUUAAUUUCUUUUCCACAUUUUUUUCAGUUUUACUUUGGUGCUUUAUUGCAAACAGGAUGCAUGUUUUAGCUUGUACAAAAUAAAAUAUUCUUUCUUCUUUUCACUCUGUAAUUUAGGUUAUUAUUGUGGAGUAACUACAAUGUUGUUGAUCCAUCCUCAGUUUUCGCCUAUCACGGUCAUUAAACUCUGUAACUGUUUCAAAGUCCCUGAGUGGUUUCCUUCCUCUCCGGCAACUGAGUUAGGAAGGAUGCCUGUAUUUUUGUAGUGACUGGGUGUAUUGAUUCACCAUCCAAACUGUAAUGAAUAACUUUACCAUACUAAAAGGUAUAUUCAAUAUCUGUCUUUAGGGAUAUUCAAUAUCUGUCUUUCACAUUUUUACCAAUCUACCAAUAGGUGCCUUUCUUUGCGAGGCAUUGGAAAACCUCCAACUUAUUAUGUGACUUGUUUACUUCUGAACUUAUUUAGGCUUGCCAUAACAAAUACUUAUUGACUCAAGACAUUUCAGCUUUUCAUUUUUUAUUAAUUUGCAAAAAUUUUGAACAUUUUGAGAAAAACAUUAUUCCACUUUGACAUUAUGGGGUAUUAUGUGUCGACCAAUGAUACAACAUCUCAAUUUAAUCAAUUUUAAAGGCUGUAGCACAACAAAAUAAAGAAAAAGUCAAGGGGUGUGAAUACUUUUUGAAGGCACUGUAUAUAUUUGUGUAUUUCAAGUAGCCAUUAGAGUUCCACACUUCCCUUAGGGCUUAGAACUCUACAAUGAUGAUACCAAUCACCAUAUCAAACCACUUGCCUAAUAAUGUGUAGCCCACUGCAGCUCAAAGAAAAUUGAGUAGUUACAGGUCAACUGUGUAUUAGCAUAUUGUUUGUGAAAUAAUUGUCACAACACAGAAUAACUAUUCCAACACAGUAGUAGCCUACUGUUUUUACAAAAUCACUAUUGGACUAGUGCUGAAUGCUCAUAGGCAGUUUUUGAAAAUGUCUUUAAUUUCUUCUCUUUUACCACAAGAUGGUACCACAAGAUGGGUGUUGAAAGUUACAUUUAAUGGCUGAACCACUUCACCUGCUGUGGACACUGUUCAAUAUUUGUUUUACUGUAACACCAGUUGGUUCAGCAUUAAUCUAAUUUACCAUUCUAAGGUACUAUGAGAAGUUCUAAGUUUCUCUUUUUGUUAUGGAUCCUUUUUUUUACGCAUUGUAUUUUCUCUACGUAAUGCACAUUUCUGUGAACAACAGACCAUAAAGUAAUAUCUCAUCUAAA